UUGAAGAAACCAACCCCCAAAACCAGCAUUUGACCGGUAAUCAAGAGUGCGAGCCAGUAUCGUAUAGGCUGAAGGGUCAUGUCAUGCCAUUCCACGACACGUGCACAGGAGGAUCCGUACGCGUUCACGGAAUCGGCACCACUUCAAGCGAACUCAUUGGCGUACGCAAACCAUUCAAGUGCAAUUAGCAAUAGCUCCAGUAGCAGCAGCUCCAGUACCAACAAUAAUGCAAGCACCACCACCACCACCAACAGCACCACUACCAUACAGACCGCUUCCUCCGGUGCAAGCCUGUUGCUGCCGACCAACACGGCCGGAAGCGUCGCUGCAUCGAAGGACAAAGCUGUGAGCAUACCCGUCACAGCAGUCACAUCGUCGGCCACACUUAAAGUACGCUACAAUGGUGUUGUGACGACGGCUUCUCCAACCGGUACGGCGGUAGUAAGGGCGCCGAUCGGUACGACGAUUCCAGUGUUUACGAAACCGAUACAAAUCAAGCAGCAGUCCCAACAGCAGGGCAAUCUGGCUGGUCAGCCUUCGCCAACGGUAACGGUUGGGAAAUUGAUCAAAAAGGUGCUGCCGCAGCAGAAGACACCGAUGAUAACGACCGUCGUUGCCGGUGGGGCUAAAAUAAUCUCACGCUUGCAGCAACCGAAUCAAACCUCAGCCGGUCAACAGCUGGCAACCACCGGCGGGUCUAUAUUGAAGUUUAUUAAAAUUCCUCCACAACAGUUGGGGAAAGGAGGAGUGGUCGGUGGUGUCGGUGGUUUACCAGCGGGAAGUUUCAUACACGUAACCACUUCGAGCGAUGGAGCAAGGAAGCUGUUAGUGACUAAUAGUAGCAGCAGUAAUGGGAACGGGGUAAGCCCACCCAUUUCCGUUGCUACGAGCUCAGCGAGGAUAGCAACUGCUGGAACGGUAAAUGCUGUGAAUAGGAAUGCUUCGGGCAUGGCUAUGGCGUCUAACGUUUCAACAGUUUCGCCAACAAAAAUCCGUUUAAUACAGCCCCAGGCGCAAGGAAAAAUUUAUUUACAAGCAACUAAUAGUGGUACCACACUAGGAACUACUGCAGCCCACCUUUCGAAUCCGGUCACCAUAGCCACGCUUAGGAAUACACUCAUUAAGCAACAUCAAUUACAACAACAGCAGCAACAGCAACAGGAACAACAACAGCAGCAGGUAUUGCAGCAAAAGCCUUCACCGCAACAACAACAACAUACCCCGCCGUCACCCAAACAGCAACAAAUCACUUCCCAACCUGUGCAGCUACAGCAGAAACAACCACAACAGCAGCCACAACCAAUACAGAAGCAGCAGAAGGCGCAACAAUUGAAACCGCAGUCCUUGGCAAUUAAUCAACUAUCACCGCAACCAUUACCCCAUACGCUACCGAAAACUUCGUCUCCAAGUGCCGACGGCACACAAAAACCUCUGCCAAAGCCGCAACUUCAUGCUUGUACUGUACAGUCGCAAUCUCAGCAGCAGCUCCAAGCAGUUCCGAAGACGCUACUUCAGUCCACGCCCAACGGUCAGAAACAAUCGCUGCUUCUUCAGCAACAGCCACCUCCGAAAGCAGCACCGUCCCCUACAAUACAGGCUUCAACCGCACCAGCAAAACUGCAGUCACCUCAGCAGCAACCCCAAUCGCUAUUGCUACAACCCCAACGAAAGCAGCAUCAACCUACCGGAUCAUCAGGCAACAAACAAAUGACCGUAUCUCAACAACAGUCGCCAAAACCUGCCAACGCAUCUGCUCCUAUAUCCUUGCUUACAUCUUCGGCAAACUCACCGAAAGCUGGAUCAUUAUUAACAAAGGAUUCGACGCGGACGUCCCCAGUAUCAACAAAAGAGGAAAAUGAUACCAAGAUCGUCGACCCCAACGGAAGUGUGUGUCGUUCUGCGAAUCAACAAAGCUUGUUGCUCGUAGGUUCGAACGUGGAAGCUUUAGCGAAUUCACCCAAAUCCAUCGACCAAAUACCACAUGGUGUCAACAGGAUCGACAAAAUCCCUCGAUCACCAUCAUCUACUACCCCGGUUGAACCUGCCGCUAGUUCGUUGGUGGGGAACAAACAGUCGGUAACAGAUGCUUCUUCAUCUUCCAUCCAUAUAGUACGAACGGAAGAGAUGGUCACACAAGAAGCUAAACCGGCAAUUGCAACGAUAAAGGAAGAAGAGCUUACGCCGCCGGAAACUACUAAUGGGAAAGUACGUGCAAUGUCUGACCGAAAAUUGGCAGUUUCGGGCAAAUCUGCUGGCAAGCAGAUGCAAAAAUCCAGCAAACGAACACACAGCCAACAUUUGAUGGAGGAACAGGAACAGGAACAAGGGCAAGCAUCUCCUCCGGCAGAUAAUAUUGGAACUUUACCAUCUUGUACAACGAGUACGCCUAAAGCUUCGGAAAAUAAUAAUUCCCUAAGCCCAUCGGCCCGGACGUUGUUGCUGUCCAGUAGUGUGAAGCUAGAAAAAGAGUUCGAAAUUAAGCAGGAAGUGGAGGAACAGGAUGAAAAACCUUCCAAGCAGCGAUUUGUCGCAUCCGGAACCGUACCGGGAGCAAUAGCCGUGCCGAUAAAGCGUCCAAAAAUAAAGGAAUGGCACGCACCCGGUGCUUACCUGUUCGAUUUGAAAGAUCCGGACGAUGAGUCGGACGACGAUAACACGUACGACGAGUAUCCAAAUACGCUUUCCUGUUGGUAUGAGGAAUCGAUCGAAAUUACCGUACCGGAGAGUUCGUCAAGCUGUUGGGGACUAACUCCUAUCCAUCGGAGCCCGGCAUCGAGCAAUGGUAGUGUGCGAGGUGGUAAGGGUAAAAGUUUCAACAGCCGGAGAGCUUGUAGCGGCAAGUUUAACAUACGAAUGCUGUCGCGCGAUGAACGGCUGGAGCUGAAAAAAGCUUACCUCCAACGACGGGUAGUUCAGUGUCGGAAUGGUUUGCGGAUGAGAAGUGCCGCUGCGUCCACCGCCAGGAAACGGUUGGAAUCGAUGGCUAAGAUGGUGGCGAAGCUGGAUGAGCGGAGACAGAUCGAGCUCAACAAAGCUAGUGAAAAAGCGAUCUGCAUUUCUGAGGGUUGCAACAAAUCCGCCCUUGUGAUGACGUCCCAUUGCUACGAUCACAUUACGGACGAUCCGGACCAGUGUUUGUUUCAGCGCUGUACCGCCAAGUUUUCGGACAACAGCCAGUGUCGCGUGCCGGUAUUCGAUAUUAGUCAUGAGCUGAUCCUGUGCAAAGAGCACGCCUGGAAGCAUGAUAAUCACGACAAAAUGUCGCUGGAGGUAAAACUGCACAAGAAACCGCCGGUAAACGUGUCACAGACGGCAAUAGAGUUACCAACUGCGAUUGCCGGACGAAAGAAAGCGAAACCGAUCCAACCACCUUCUCCUCAAGUGGUGGUACGAUCGCUAAAACGACCGAAAAAGAAGAAAAAGCUCACCCCCUUGCAACAACAGAUGCUGCUACAUCAGCAGCAGUACAAGCAACAGUUUUCGAUAACCUAUCCAACCCACCUAGCGGGCCAGGCCGCCGUAGCGACAUCACCUGCAAACGAACCGCAGAGGAAAGUGGUUCAACAGCCACAAAAAUCAUUGCUUAAUACUUCGCGUAUCAAUGGUAAUGUGCAAGUACAGCUUAAGCAAGGGAUGAUGCCUUUGCAAAAGGAAUCGAUAGUAGCACAUCCUGGACAGCAGCAGCGAAUACAGUUGAUCGAUGGUAGUGAAAAUCCACAUAAAACAGCCACAUUUAAUACGAGUAUAUUACACACAGCCACACAAGGGAACCGAACUCUACACAUUCCUGCUGCCGUCGGUAGUAACCUUUCUGCUGCGUCUGGCCUUACUGGAACGACAGUUUAUCGUGGACAGCAUAAUAAUACUUCCAGCAUGGAAAUCGUUGAUCAGUUAGAGCAUGAUCAAGAGCAGCACCAGCCGCUUUACAGCAAUGGAACACAUACUUCACCGCCAAACACCCAGGAACUGCUGACGAUAUGCGAUAACAGUUCAGCAUACGCGAGUUCGGAAGAUACUGGUGUUGGUGGAUUAUCCGAAUCAGAACUGCUGGCAACACAGGACGUAAUAGAAGAGAUUAUACCGUUCGAGUUCAGCAAUCUGCUCCAUCCGAACAUGCUCAGUCAUUUACCGCCGGACGCAUUGAACGAUCUGCUAGGUCUCGAUGAUGAUGUGCCGGCUGAGGAUGAUACAGGCGACUCGCACCAGAGCUGCCCGCGGGAGGUUGAGGACGAUAUUGAGCGUGCCCUGGAGCAUGUGAAAUCGCUCGACGAUAUGACGGUGGAACCGAGCAGUUUGUUGGGCGAUUUUCUAGACAAUGUCGACGAUGAAAUGUUGGACGGUUCGGAUAUGUGUGCGACGACGGAGCAAAUGCUUCAAACGCCGAACAAAACGAACGAUAUCAGAGGCAUGGUGCAUACGUAA